AGCUUCCCUCCCUUCACCCUCGUGUAUAGGCUCCCUUAGUCCCUCCCAUUCCAGAUGCCGGUCAUGUGAUCAUGACGUCGGCAAAGGUCCUUUAGCUGUGUGAAGCUUGGCAUCUAUGGGCAUGUAGCUGUGUUGGGGGAAGGCAGAGAUAUAGACGUGCCGUGUAUAUACAGACCGUGGACACUCCUUAUACAGCAUGUCUGGCAGCUCAUCAGAGGCUCAUACUGGGGAAAAGAUGGAAGGAUAUUGUAUUACCCCAACUGACUUAUCUGAUGAGAUCCUGUUGCACAUUCUUAGCUAUAUUCCAAGUACAGAUCUAAUUCUAAAUGUAAGAAAGACCUGUCGAAAAUUUGCAAAUCUGUGUGUUGACAAGAGCCUUACCCACAAAGUAAAUCUUCAUAAAGUCUAUCAGGCUCAUGAUGAACAAGUGAAACAAAUGCUGAAAGUAAUAUGUAGGGACAUUUCUGAACUAGACUUGAGUGGGAGCUACUGGUUGUCUACCCCAACAGUGGACAUGUUAUCACGCUGUAAGAAGCUAACUAGACUGGAUAUGGAAGGCUGUUCAGUUACAUCCUUGCGCCUUUCUAAAAUUCUUUCAGAACUUCAUCACCUGCGUUCAUUGUCUGUUGAUAUCAACGCAGGGUUUGAUGCGGGAAAGCUAAGCAGUGAAUGCAAAGCAACACUCAGUCAUCUAGAGGAACUGAAACAAACUGUCUUUGUGCCAUCCUAUGGAGUUGUACCAUGCUGCACUAGUCUCAAAAGGCUUCUGCUCUAUUUUGAAGUUUUGGACAGAACACGUGAAGGAACAGUAAUGUCUGGGCAACUGAUGGUCGGAGAAAGCAAUGUACCCCAUUACCAGAAUCUAAGGCUGUUCUACGCCCGUCUUGCACCUGGUUAUAUAAAUGAGGAAGUUGUUCGAUUGUAUUUAGCUGUACUAAGUGACCGGACACCAGAAAAUCUUAGAUCUUUUCUCAUAUCUGUCCCAGGUAACCUAGCAGAAAGCAGAGCUACCAAAAAUUUGCUUGAAUCCAUGGCAAAGAAUGUUUCUUUGGAGGCAUUUCAGUUGCCUAAAUAUUGGGUAAAUGGAUCUUCCCUACUUCAACACAUGAAAUUUAGUUGUCCAUCAUACUUAAAUUUCAGUGGCUGCAUGAUUUCUGGUGAUCAGCUUACACAAAGAAUUUUAAAUGGUGGAAAAGACUGUAAAAGCCUUGUAAGUUUGAAUCUAAAAGGGUGUGCCUUAUGCCUUCUUCCCAACUUGAAUUCAAGAAAACCUGAAGAUGAUAUAGAUGGCUCUAUUUUGGAAAAUUUAAUAUUGGCUUGUUCCAAUCUUACCCAUUUGAACCUUUCAUCAGCACACCAUCACAGUUCACAGACUUCAGGAAGGCAUCUGUGUGAGAUUUUAUCACAACUAAAAAGCUUACAUUCUCUUUCCUUGCCAGUGUGUUCGGUAGCUUACAGCUGCACAGCACUAGCUACUCCCAGUGCUGCACCACCUAUGUUUGGCAAAAAGGUUCGGGUUGGGGUAAAUACUAAAAUCCCUGAAGAUCCGAGUAUGGCUAAGCAAUGCCCUGUCUUCUGGAAACUUCUAAAGGGAACUCCAGUUCUGAAACACUUGGAAUUUAUUGGUUCAAACUUUUAUUCUGUUAUGCCCCGGAAUGAUCCAGCAAUACGCAACACUUACCCACCUUGCAAGCGUUCACAUGCUGUAGGGGAUGCAGAAGUGGCAGCAAUCAGCCAGCUUAAUUACUUGGAAAACCUUACACUUGCACAGCUUCCAGGAAUAGUAACAGGUUCCAGCCUAGUAAACAUUGGCAUAAGCUGCAAACAACUUUGUAGUUUAUCACUGGCAAAUAUUGGCAUGAUGGGCAAAGUAAUGUACAUGUCUUCACUGUGUGAGAUGUUGACGCACUGCAAAUGUUUAAAGGAUCUAAGUUGACAGUAACAAGCAAGCAGCGAAGGUACAACAUCAAUAGGCAGACUAUUUGAGGGUGCAAAGUGAGGCCAGUAUUGGAAUGCCAAGAACAGAUGAAAACCACUUGCCAAUUUCUUCAAGCUGUGCUGAGCCGUAAAUAAAUGGUUUAGUGCCACUAAUGCGCACACCAGGACAGUAGCCCCAUGUGUAGAGCCAUGUCUUUGCACUGGCCUUUUGCAUGUUUGUCAGCAGAAACUUCCUGACAACUGAAAAAUUAAGUCUGAAUUACUGAGCAUUAAACGCAUUUUGUUUUAUUUUUAUAUAUAUCAAAACAGCACAUUUGUUAUUACUUUGUUUUCCCAGGUGAAUUUUUAAUAAUAACUUUGCAAUGUUCCCAGGCCUCUUGAACAUAAAACAUGGAUAAAAAUGUUUUACUAUCUUAGUAAGAUUUGAAGAGGUUCUGCCUCCGGUACAAAAAGCUUGGUCUUGUAAAUCAGCCAUGCACACUGAACUGACAAGGUGGCAAAAUGUCUAAAAUUACCACAAUGGGUCACAUUAAUUCUACAGAUGACCACUCUCGCUUACUCGCAUAAACAGAGCAGUACUUUGGAUUACUGUUACUAAAUAUAAUAUCGGUUCAAUUCACAAAGCUAUUUUCUUAAUUGUACAUUUAAAGUGGUUGUAAAUCAUCACAUAUACCCAGUGAAGUGAAUAGCCUCAGAUAAUACACAGAGAUGAAACAUAUCCUCAUCCAUAUGUUUUACUUGUUUUCUGCAGUAAUUUCUU